UUUUUUAUUAAUAUUGUAUAAAUAUAAAUGUCUACAGACAUAUCUACAUACAUUCACACACAACUGUUUACCUUUGCAAAGAAACCAUAUGAUUUGUGAAGCAACCCUUCUUGUCUGACUUGCUGCUGCUUAUCUGUCACAACCUCCUGCCACGCAACAAACUCAGCUUAUCAACAUGAUAUACAAAAUUCAUUUGUACAUACAUAUAUAUAUAAGUGUGGCUGCAUACCCCUUAUCUGUCUAUCGCUCUCCAGGUUUCUCGCCUAUUAAACUGGUUUCGCGUUGCCAUCCAUUGAGCAACAUGUUGCUUGUAUUUGCUUAUGUUGCUGCGGUGAGAUUUCUCUAUACAAAUUGGUAAGUGGAGAUAUAUGUAUGUGUGUGUAUGUGCUUUGUAUUUUAUUGCCCCUAUGUUUUUUAGUUCUCUCUAUUCUCAAUUUCCUUUGGUUUUUACUCUUGCGUUCUUGGCCCAUAGAUAUUUUGUAAAUAUAUACGUAUGCAUGUAUUUUAUUUGCAUAGAUGUUUGUUGUGUGGGGUUAUUGUUCUGCCACUAUGGGAAUUGCGUCGUACACUACUUUUAAACAAUUCAAAGAUACUUUCUGAAGUCAUUUUGCUUUUUACUUGCUAAAUACUGAUACUAAAUGCUAUAUAUGUACAUACUUGUGACCUUGCCCACAGCUGCUUUCUUAGAGGAAUUUCAAAAUAUUAAAACCAACAUUACGUUUAACUCUUGAAUUAUUAACACUAAAAGUUAGCCAUUUGGUUUUGAAAAGUAUACUUUUGAGUAGUGGUUUUGAAAUACAAUCGACUGUCUUGUCGAUCCGUGGCAGCUAAUGACAAUCCUUCGAGUUAAUUUCCGUCUUAAUAAAAAUUGUCCUUAAAUAUAUCGGACGUUCCUAAAGUCAAAGUAAUUCAUAGUAGGUUGAAGCCCAUUAGAAAUGAAAAAUAAAAUAAAAAAUUUAAGUCGGGAAGAAGAAGAGAAUGGGAGUGGUUGAAUUUUAAAGCGUCAAAAACGGUAAAACUCGAUUUCCUUCAAAACUACGGGUUCCAUAGAAAAAGUUAUGUGGCAGAGUUGUAGGUAAUGAAAAGAUCUACAACUUUUGUAUUAACACCUUUUAUCCAUAAUCUUAACAUUUAUGUGAAAAAUUCAAAUAUCCAAGUUUUUGAGCUUCUUAUUUUUAUACAAAAAAUUUUAUUUCACGAAAUUUGGUGUAAACUUACCUUCUUUUGUUCCAAACAUACUGUAUUUUUUUAAUUUAAAAUAUUAAGGAACCUUAUUUCGGUUUAAACUUGAAAAAAAAAAAACCAAAACCCUUAGUGAUACACAUAUAACAUGGGAUAAAUUUUAAAAAUGGAAAAAAGUUUUGAAUUACAAAUUUUGUAAAAUAUUGAGCUAAUCUAUUUUAUUUUAGAAAGUCAGCUAAAAAAAUUUAUUUUCAAGAAUAAAACUAGAUUAAAAAUCGAUUACCUAGAACAAGAGUUACUAAACUUGUUCGUUUUUCACACGAUAAACGUCUCACUCAACCGAUAAAGCAAAUUAUUAAUUGCAUAUUUUAAAAUUAUCGUGUAUAUUAUUUUUGGUAAAAUCCUUAAAUUUGCCCUGUAAUAAAAUAAAAAUAUAUUAGUUACGCCUCUGCCAUAGCAAAAUGUCGCCUUCUAAAUUUAUUAUUUCGUAAUUGAAGCCGUGCGCUCUUGUUUUACCAUUUAUUGCAUUUCUCUUUCAAAAUCAGUCUCUCUGCUUGUGCGACUUGUAUAAAAAUAUUUUCACGCUCCAUGUACACAUGUACGUCUGAGUGUGUGUACAUGUUUAUAUUCCCUUAUGUUGGCUAUUUUGUUAUUGUAAUUGCGUUUGGUUUUACUUUUCAGCUCAAGUGCUAUAUAUGUACAAUUUAUUGCGUUGUUUGGCUGUAUACAUAUAUAUGUAUGUACUAUAUGUAAAUAAGUAAAUUUUCCUACUGGCUUGACUAUGGUCGCGCUCAGCUGUUUAGAAAGUCAAUGCGUUGCGUUUGGAAUUCAGUCGAACAGAUACAACGCUAGUGACAACAUCGUUGAGCAGAGACCAGAAUUGCAGUCGAAAGAAGCAGCUGAGUUUGCAGUGAGUGAGUGAGUGAACAGAACAGUGCAGUGUGUCUUUAGUAUUGUUGGAGAAGUGCAGAGCAGAGCAGUCGUGAAUUCGUGAUUCGGAGUGUGUGUGUGGGUGCCUUCUGAAGUUGUGUGCGGUGGAAGGAGUUUGCUGUUGAGAAUUCACAGAUUGAAAGCGCACGCCAGUCCACAGCACACUUUAUAAAUAUAAAGCAAGAAAGAAAUACAUAUGUAUAUGUAUGUACGAGCAAAAGACAGAUAUAAUCAGUUCGUCGGUCGUUUGAUUGCUGGAUUUCCGAAAUAAAAAGUGCCUGCACAGCAGCAGUUCAUCUUCCGCAGCUACGCGAAUUUGUUGACUCGCUAACUUCUUCCAACUUUUACAUACCAACAUACAUACCUUGUGCUUUGCAUUGCUCCCCCUAUAAGCUAACUUGGACGUGCAAAAACAACUAUAAUAAAAAUAAACAUAAAAGCGUAAAAGUGAUACGCCAGCAACAAACCAUAAUACACAAUUUCUAGACACUUGAAUCGCUGAAAGUGUGGGAGCGUGAGUUCUUACGUCUACUUGUGUCGGAUACUUGUUUAUUUAUGCUAAAUUCGAUUUUUAUUUUGAUACUCAUUCGAAAGGAAAUCGCUGAAAACGUAGCAAAAUUCAAUUGCAAUUUAGUGUGCGACACCAAUUUAGUAGUUCACAAGUAAAUUCAGUGCAGUGAACAAGCAGAAGCGGCGCCAGCAGCGCAGCGAACGGUAACAGUGACAGUGCAGUGCAGUCGAUAGAGCAGUGUGAUAACAUACCGUAAAUAAAUGUAAAGUGAGAGUCGCGUUACUCGCAUGCAUUAUAGGAAGGAGGUGUGUCACAUAGCGAGCAGAAAGUUAAAAUUUAAAAUAAUUAUAAAAUAAAAAAAUAAUUGAAAAUCAUUGAAUUUCGCUGGCCAAGCCGCAUACGCCGCAAUCUUUUUCUAAACCACACCACAUUUUCACAUAACACUCAGCUGACAGCAGCAGUGCGAUCAGCACACAGCAGACCAGUUUUGUUGUUGUAAAAUUUAUCGACAAGCCAACGCUGUCGUCUGUGUGUGUACAUACAAUAAUACAUAGCAGUAUAUAUGUAUGUUUAUAUAUAGAUAUAUGUACAUGUGUAUAUUAAUAUAAAUAACUUGUGAGUUUUCUGCCUUUCCACGGACGGUGUUUAUGUAUUUUGCCUGACGGUCAGUCGAGUCUGUCACUAGGUAUAGCUCGCUCUCUAGCUAAAUACAUAUGUAGCUAGAUUUGUGCUCGCUGCCAGCUUGAUUACGAAUUGUCUAUAUAUUGUCGAGAAACAUUCGCUUUUUUGCGCUGGUCGCACAUCAGUUGACGUUUGGACGUUCAAUCGCGCGUUGGAUUCGGUCGGAAAAUUAACUAUAGUGUCUAGUGAUAUAAAAUUUAAAAAAUAAUUGUGAACAAAAAAUAAACACUUACAUACAUACAAACAGCAACAACUAAGUUGAAAUAAUACAAAACCAGUCAGGCACCGAACAGCUGACGACUUGUCUGCACGUUAGCGCUGAACUCAGUCAUCAGUCGGUUAUCUACAUUUGAACUGUAAAGUUGUGACAUUCGUUGUUUACGUAGCUACAUAUAAACGUAUAUAGUUAUUAUUGUUUCCGACAAACGUUGAGUUGGCAGCUUCAUUGGCUCUGCAGACAAAAAACCAAUGGAAAUUUAUCUGCGUCAAAAAGCGAAGGCAAAGUUUAGAUUAAGACGAACACAAACGUUCAACAUUUACAGUACCAACAACAACAAUAAUAAAUACAAUUAUCAACAAAAAACUAAUACAAGUGCCAAUAAAUUGCAAAAUUUCAAAAUACAUUACAAUAAACAAACAAAAACUUGUGAAAGUACGAUACAGAAAGCAUCGAUCAUUAUCUACAAUAAAAACAAUUGCAGCAAAUAUAACCUUUUAGUAUCCUUCAAUGCGAUCACAUGAAGGUUCUAAUAGGCAUUCGCGUUGAGAAUCAUGUGUUUUGUGUGUAAUAGUUUCACGUAAACGCCAAAAUCAAAUUGCAAAAAAAUCAUCAAUCAAAAUUACAAAAAAAAUGUUUUAUGCGUUGCAGUGCAAAUAAAUUCAGUUUAUAACAGCUACGCUUUGGAUUUUCCUAUUUCCUUUCAUAUCUGUAUAGCGAUUUGUGUGUGUUGUGUGAUGCAAUAGAAAACUCAAAGCGUCAACGACGAUCAUCUGUGUUGCAGAGACAACAACAAAAGCAGCAACAGUGAAAAGUGUUUGUGUUAUUUGUGGCAGCUGUGCAAUUUUCUGUUAUAUGAAAGAAAAUUGAUUUCCAAAAAAAAGAAAAUAAAUUAAUAUAUCAUAAUAAUAAUAUAUAAUUGUGGCAGCAAGCAAAUAUUGCUAUAUACCGAUUGUGUUAAUAGAAAUUGUUUCAGCAGCAACAACGAUUGGUGUGUAUAUUGGAAUUUUAAAUAAAUAUUAUAUUUGAUAUCGUUAAUAGCUGUUAGCUUUUUUUUAUAUCAGUUAUGAAAGAACAUUUCUAUUCCAUUUUAGUUUUUCUGUGCACGGGGUAGUAUGAGUUGGUUUUUUUUGUGUAAAAAAAAAGAAUUAAAACUUAAUUGUGUGAUUUUGUUAAAAUUUUAGUAAAAAAACGUAAUUAAAUCAAAUAUGGAAUUAAAAGUUAAAAGCACAAUAUAAUUUUAAUUAUUAUUCACCAAUUUAAGUGAUUUUUUUUACUUUUGAUCGGUUAAAUCGAGUUUAUCAGCUAUUUGACAAGUUGUUGUUGUAAUAUUAUAUAUAAUUUAACUUGUGUUCUUUUGCCACUCGCUAAGCAAAGACUGCAGUUACAUAUGUAUUAGUUAUAAUGGGUAUAAUGAUAAUGUAAUAAUAUGAACUAGAUUUUGAGCAAACGUCGUGUCUUACAUCGAUUAAAAUAAUUAAUUAUCAGUUUAAUUUAUUAUUUAUGAACAAAUUUCAAUACAACAUGGCGUUUUUCAUUCACGACAACAACUAACGGAUAGGCACAAAGCGUUUAUCCAUAAAAAUGCCCAAUAAAAAAGCAGUUAUUGUUUUUUGAGGUUGAAAGAUCUUUGAAGGACUUGACAGCCGCCGUCGACGGAUCGAAAGUGAAAGUGAUUGAGACAACAUUGCAGAUGUGCCGAAGUGCAGCAAUAAUAAUCAAUUAUUUGCUGUAAUCUGCACUAAAGUAAAGAUCGAGAGAGAGAGAGAGAGAGAGCGGAAGUAUAAGUGAGAAGUAGAAGUGUCGGAAACUGUUUACUAGCAACACAUCUUUGUUCAAUUCAAUCAGCCAAAAUGAUACCAACCACAGUCAGUAGUUCCACAUCCACCGCAACGGUUAGCGGUACCACCGGUAAUAACCACAGUACAAGUAAUAACAAUGGGCAGCUGAACAUGUUGUUGUCAACGACGCCAACCGCCAAUACGGUGUCGUCCACUGCCACCUCACCACCUUCUGCCCAAACGCCAUCGGUUUUAUUAGGACUAGCCUCUUUAAUAUUGGAGGGACGCGCUGUUGCCGACGAUGAAUAUCAACCACAAAUAAUGCGUACCACUGCCUCAGUCAGUGAUACCAGCGGCCUUAGUGGGAGUGGGCAUGGCGGAGGCAUUGGUAGUGGCAGCGGCAGCGGCAGUAGUUUCGGCAGUAAUUUACAUAAUUACAACACCAACAAUCUGCUUGCCAACACUUCGUAUGGCAUUAGUGGGAGUGGCGUUGGUGGCAUUGCUGUCGGCGGUGGACGUCAAUCGCCAACAUCUCGCCCAUCGACAUCUCGUGCUGCCGCCGGCUUUGGUGGAGGUGUUGGCAGUGGACAUGUGAUCAAUAUAACAACGAAUCCGUAUGCCUUUAACAAUAGUGGUGUGAGUGCUGCACAUGCACGUGACUCGUCGCCACUCUACAUUGACCCAUACAGUGCAAACAGUUCGGGAUCUGCGUCCUCAACGGCGGAGAGCACACAUCAACGUUGGACACAAAAAUUGUGCCAGCUGCGACAAGUCUCGCCUGCAGCUAACCUCAGUACGACCUACGAACAGCCCGUGGCCGUAGAGGCGCGUGAACCCGAGCUAGUUGCGCUUGCUAUCAAUGAAUCCGGUGCUAAUGAUCGCGGUGAAUUCGAGAUCGUACGUCGCAGUUUACUUAAUCGCACAAAUUUGAAUGCAAUGAGCAGUGCAGCGUCGUCGACAGCAGUCGCAGGCAACAGUGCCGCUGCGGGUAGUGCCAGCUCGUCACCUGGUUCUGGUUCUGAGAAUUUUUUGCUCUCGCUGCAAUCGUUGGCGACAACGUGUCUGCGUAGUGGCAGUCCUUCAAUAGAGCCGAAUCAUAGUGGUAUGAGCGCGAACAGUGCUACUGCUACACCGAGUGGCUUUCGUUUUGCGACGCUCUCUUCCCCACCGCCACCACAGUCAAUGUAUAUUUAUCGUGCCACCACACCGACCGCUUCAGCCUCAGCCACAACGCAUCGGUUUCUCGACCAACCCGGCUCGGGUAGCAGUUGCGGCAGUGGUGUGCAAUCGCCACGUCCACAUUGGCCUUCAGUCGUAGAUAAUUUGAAUACAAAGGAGCGAUAUAUGCGACAUGCGUCGGCAACACAUUUUGGCUCGGGACGUAUACCAAUACCAGGCACAGCUGUGAAUACAACAACCGCGUCGGUGGCAAUGACUGCUGCAGCAACAAUAAAUCACACAACGAAAGUGAAGCCGACGAUGGCUGCGGCGACAACAGCGUCCAAGCACCCACAACAGGGACCGCACUGUGAUCAAUUCCUCAGAAAAAUGGGCCUGGCGAAAGGGGAGGCCGCUGAAGCUGAGGAUCAUUUCUGUGAUAUGUCAUACGUAAAUAUAACUUGCUCCCGCUGGCGAGCGUACUGCCAUAGAAUGGAGGCGAUUAUCGGACGCGGCGAACCGGUUUGCAUAGAGGUUUUCUUAGGACCGGUGAACCAUAAAAUGCUGCUCGAACAAUGGAUCAUAACCCAAAAAGAAAAAGUUCCACCGCCCACCAUGACGCUACCGUCACUCUGCAGUGCAAUACGCAGCCAAUUGUAUUUUUCCCAAAUCAGUGCCUGGUGUGAUCUGAUCAAGAAAUCGGAUAAAACUAUAUAUGACACGGGUCGUGUAAUUUUUCACACACCCACAGGAGCUGCCGGCGAUCUGGCCACACCAGUGGCCAGUAACACUGCCGGCAGCAAUAGCACACCAGGCACAUCGCCGAAUUCACAUACGCUUAAUAAUCAGCUCAAUAAUGCGCUGGUGGUGAAUCGACGACCGCGCCUUAAUAUAUUCUACCGCAUAAAGUCAUUUGACUCCACUGCCUGCUUUAAUUCAAAACCGAAUGUACACAAUUUUCCGAAUGUCAAUAUUUCGGAGAAUUGUAGCAUAUCGGUUUGUCUCAAAAGUCUUCCACGCAUCAACGGUGGCAUACCGAAAAUCGGUAUUCUUAUGUUAGCCACACCGGUGACAACAACAACAAUGACAACACCAUCUACAACGACAACAUCAACAACCGCAGCAGCAACAACAAUGCUAGCAACGGCAACAGCCAAAGUAACAACAAAUAAAACAAAAUCGACAAAAGCAUCAGCGCCGACAACAGCAGCCACACCAGGAAGUGGUGGCAUGUCCAAUUCUACACCACGUGCGGCAGCUAUAGCCGAAGCAACGCAAUGGCUAUCAACACCCAAUGACAGCGCCAAUAGCAAUAGAAGUGAUCUAACCUCAUUUCGGAACGGCAACAGUUGUGUUGGUGUUAAGUCGGAGGAUACGCCACGUACCAGCCGUACGAGUCGAUGUGGCAUUGCCACGACUUCUACGGUUGCUGCGCCGACUUCGACAUCGAGCACUUCCAGUAUAAAUUUACAUUCAAACAGCAGCUCCAGCAAUUCAAUGACAAACUCGGCCAUCGUCUCGAAUGGUGCCAGUUGUCGCAGUGAUAGCUCGAAGUCCCGAACCGACUGUGGUGACACCGAGGACAGCAGCAUGCUUUGCAGCCGCGCCAAUUGUGCGCCGAAACACAAAUGUGUAUUUUUCAUCGAUGAAGAUGAGCUACUGCCACUCGACGAGGCUGAUGGUGCGGCAUUCGGUGAUGAGGAUGAUAACCCUAGCGAUGCAGCAAAUAGUACUGGCGACGGCGUAACCCAUGCAAGCGCUUUUUGGACGGGCGCGAAUAUGUCACAUCGUGAGAAGCAGCUGAUGAAGUACCGCAAGCGCAUGUUGAAACGAGACAAAAAGCAUUAUCAACACCAUCCACGCAAGCCGCAAAUGACGAACACGGAUGCAACGUGCAAACUCGAUGCCACCAAUGAGCUACAGCGCGCGCAGAAAGGGCGAAACGAGGCGAACUGCUGCCAACCGAUGGAGGAGGGUGACGAGGACGAUACCGCAGGUCAUUGCAGUGAUACAAUGACAACUUUGCUUUCGCGCACCAGCACGCGCAUCGAAAUGAUUUCAACAGGCACACAGACACCUAUGAGUUGUUGUCGUCAAUGCGGCUGCGAGAAGACGCUCGUCUGUAUGCGUUGCACCAGUGGCGGCGUCAUGCGCGGGGAGCAAGUCAUAGAUGAACCCACCGAACAGGAUGUAGACGAUAUGGACGACUCGACAGCGUCAAGCAUUAGCAGCAGCGAAAUCAUACAUACACCACGCAACAAGGCCGAACUGCUGUUGCAAGCCAUACAGCGCACGCCCAAAGCAGCCGCAGCCAAGCACAAGAAGGAGCAGUCACGCAAACUGUGUGGUGGUAAAACGCAAAACAACAAUCACCUCAGUGGUGUCCAGGCGGCGCAUGUUAAUGUUGGUGGUAAGAGCAGUGGUAGCAGCUUGCACGAGAAUACACUGGGUGGUUGUCAAGUUUGCAAGCGCCAGAAGACACAGCAUAACUUUGACAAUAGCAACGGUGAAGAAGCAACUGCCACAGCUUAUGCGCAUUUAGCUGAUGAGGCUGCCAAUGAUGAUAUUGGCGAUGACAACGACGAUGAUGGUGGGAAGAAGCUCGAGAAUAAUAAAAUCGUUGCGGAAGACGCCAACGGUGAUCAACUGCCGGUGACGCCACUAACAGCGCUGCCAACACGCACACAAAUCAUAGAGGAGGAAUCCUUUAUGUCAUCGACCAAACUAACACCACAAAUCGACCGCUGCACGCUUGCCAACGCCACCAACUCUUCGCGUUAUCCACUAUUGACGAAAGGCGAUCGCGCCGGUGGUGAUCAGCAAGUCGACGGCUGCGAUCGCAGUGAGAACCGCACGCCACCGAUUAUCACCACAUUAAUGAAUGACGAACGCUUCGACGAAUCACAGUUUAAAACACCCACUACUACUACGACUAUCGGUGUUUAUUAUGAAAAUUCACCACAGCUGCAAACGCAAAAACGCCAGCAGGGCGUACAGAAGGCAUUUCAGCACAAACAGACACCUAAACCCAAUUUAUUACAAUUGCAUUGCAAUUAUCACGGCGAUGUGACUGCUGGUGGCAAUCAAGCAGUUGGUGCGGCGGGCGAUGGGUUUGCUGUCGUGCACGCCAACAACAACGAAUUGCCCACAGCCCUCAAGCUGCUCAAGCCGCCGCAACAACAUGGCGUUCAUAAUGCGUUGUUGCUGCGUAAGGGGCUACCCAAAGUGAACCUCACACCAAUAUUUUGCAAUCCGAUGCCAUCACCCACAGGUGUCAGCAUCACGAGCAGUCAGUCGUCGCCCAUACCUAUACAUGGUGGUGCUACAAAUGAUAUUACAUUUUGCUUUGAGCCCACAGCGUUAAAUCGCAGUGGAAACCAUUUGCAGCUACAUCAUCAGCUUAUGCAUUCCAGCAGCGGUAAUGUCUGUGCCUCACCACUCACCACCGAAGUCAACAAUAUACCUGUACAAAAGUCAUACUCGGCACCCACGCUGCCCAAUUCGCCAUCACUAUCGCCGCGUUUCGCCAAACAGGCGGCCAUCUAUAAGCGUCGCUCACGUCAUUUAUCCGAUCGCUCUGAUCGUUCGUCGCUCGGUUCAGAUGAGCAAUUCUCCGAUGAGGAUUUGGAAAGUGCUGGCAUGUAUAGUCCAGCCACAUCGCCGCUGAAACAGAGCGUACGCGUAGCUGCGGCUUUCGGUCGCCAACCGUUGCUGGGCAAUCUGGAAGAGUCGCUGUUGCAAAAGCGUCUAGUGCCCAAGGUGGAAGUGAUGGGUUUCACGGUGUUGUUAGGUGCAUCGGGUGGCUUCUGCCCAACACAGCUGACAAUACCGGCCGCUUCAUAUUUCUACGAAUUGCGUGGCGAGUCGCUGAGCACGCCUUAUGUGUGCGAAAUACGUCUACCACGUAAGGGCUACUCGGUACCUCGUGCUGGCAAUGUACAAGCCACUCUGCUAAAUCCAAUGGGCACUGUGGUGCGCAUGUUCGUCAUACCGUACGAUAUGCGCGACAUGCCGCCACUGCAUCAAACAUUCAUAAGGCAACGUAUACUGGCUGAGGCCAGUACGCAUGAAGCAGCGACAACGCAGAAUGCACAGCCCAGUACGACAAACGGCCACGGCGCCAGUGGAGGUGUUGGUGGUAGUAGUAGUGGUGCUGGUGGUGACGAUAAUUUGAGCAUAAACAAUAACAAUAACGAAUGCUAUCAGAGUAACAUUAACGGUAAUAACAACAAUAAUGCCAAAAAUAAGUAUCGUCUUUCACCAAGCGGCGGCCUACACGGCGAAAGUAAUCUUGGACACUUUAUAUCCGCGGAGAAUAUGAAACGCCUACGUUAUUCCAUACAUUUAAGAUUCCAAACGUCGCGGUCGGGUCGCCUCUCACUGCACACUGAUAUACGCUUGUUGAUCUCACGCCGCACCGACUGUGAUACGGCUGCGGCACACGCCAAGGGCGUUUUGGAGGCGCCUAAUGAUCUCGUCACCGACACCGUUAUGCCAACAAAUCCCAAAUAUAGCGCACGACAAGACCAAAGCAACAACAACAGUAACAGCAGCGGCAGUGGCAGCGGUAGCAGCAAUGGCAGCAACAUAAAUGUCAUCGCCGCAACGGUCAGCACAACAAAUAGUACAACAAUAACAACUAACAACAAUAACGGUAGCGGCAGCGGCAGCAAUAAGAUUUAGUAGUUGGUGCGAGCAGUGCGCACACAAACGCAUCAUUAUUUUUUAUUACUUUGGAAACAGUUGCGUUUACGUUUGCAACACUGGCACUGCAGUUAUAAUUAGUAGGCGGGCAAAAGUAAGUCAACCAGCGAGCUGAGGCGGCACAAAAGUGAUAUGAAUGGGCGCAGCAAGCAGAAAAACUAUGAUUUCAGCUCCUUGGGCGAGAAGCCAACCACUCGUGCUGCAUUUGCUGGCAACAACAAUAGCAGCAAUAUUAAAUAUCUUAAUUACAACAACAAUAUUCUACAAUUUCAACACUUUAUUUUCUAUGUUAACCAUUUAAAUGAGUGCGCUACUGCGUCCAUGUCACACUUUUUCGUUUUCCAUCUAAAUAUUUAUCGUCACUUCUCACCUUACUCGCUCCGCCCCCCCCAAACCAUUCACCAUACACUCUCACUCUUAUUUUGCCCCCAUCUAUGAUACAAUCGAACACAGGCGCCCCUCCCCUCUAUGCACACACCUGCAUACAACUCACACAUGCUCAUCAACUAAAUACCUUAUGUACAAUUCGAUACAAAACACAUUGUGUAAUUUUAUUUAUUUUAGAAAUA